CUUGUGUAAACCCUUCUUUUUCUUUUGAACAGCCGCACAUAGCUUCGGUCUUCUUCUCUUUUCUUUGUUUGGUUGUCUGCUAAUACUCACACCCACAUACAAAUGGAAAUUAGAGAUUCCAUCUCUUUUAAAGCUUACAUAACCUCACACUUGAAGAGAGUUUAUCCAUACCAGCCACCUCCUGGCUCCCUGUCCCUCUCGAGCUCUGAUUCCGGCGACCGGAAUCUCCGACAACUGGACAACCGGUGCCCCGGCGUCGAGACAUCCGCCGGUAACGACAACCAUCUCCCUCUCCCUCCUUUGUCUCCGGUAACAUGAGGAGCUCCGGCCGCCGCUUCCCUUCGAUCACCGGUUAAACCCACGCACACCCACUGUUCUCUCCCUCCACUCCCACUCAUCUCUCUCUCUUCAUGGACGGCGACCGCCACUCUUGGCGGCGACGGCGCUGGGAUGGGGCUGCGGGGUGGCGACGAUGGUGGUUCAGCUUCGGACAAGUGUGGUCAAACCACGAUCAACGGGUCAUUCGCGGGUUUGGGUUAACGAUAGUCAACAACAGUUUUGGUUCUCGUGUCGGGUCAACAUCAGUCAACUUGGUCAGCCGGUUCAGUCACGGCUCAGUUCCGGUAAGGGUUUUGAACGGUAUUCGUCCAAACUUCAGUUUUUAUUUCAAAAUCAGUUUUGGUUUCAGGUUUGUUUUCAGGUUCGUUUCAACCCGGGUUCGGUUCGAUUCAUGUUGGUUCGAGUUUCGGUUCCAGAUUUGGCCGGGCUUCUGUCGGGUCGACAGAAGUCAACGGCUGGUCAGCAGUCAUACUUGUUCGGGUCAGAUUCGAUGUUCGGGUGACCUCGGUGUUUCGUCCUCCCAAACUCGCACACUCUUCAACACUUGGAUAAUCGGAAGACUUAGCAAUUUUGUUGAUGAUGACGAUGCUAUGAAAAGAAGUAGCGUUGAUGCCUAGAUACACAUAUAGACGUUUAGGUUUAAUAUGUCGUAUCAAUUUUGCUUAUGUUAUCAUAUAUUUCUUUUGAACUUGUUGUUACUUGAGUUUAUGUAAUGUUGACAAUUUGAAGUUAUGAGAUGAAAUAUGAAUUAUUUAAUUAUCGUCA